AUGUCAAUAAGUGAGUUUGGUGAUAAAUUGACAGAUUUAUUUGUAGGUCUCACUAUCGCACAAAGCGACGAAAACCCAAAAGCAAGUGAGAUUUUGAGACCUAUAAAUGAAAAACUUGCAAUUAAAAGGUUUGCAGAUGGCUUGCGUAACAGGCGGCUAAGCACAAUCAUAUCAGCCAGGGACUACUCGCAGCUGAAGGACGCGGUGCGUGCGGCCGAGGAUGAAGAGCUGGGUCAGCCUUCGUCCUCCAACAACAUUUUUAAUGCAACGCAAAGGAGAGGUGCACUUAGAGUACUUGAUAGAGGGUUGAAUUUCGCUCCUACUCCAAACCACAUCCCUUAUGAAGAAGUGAUAGGAAGUGUGGAGGAAGUAAUAAGACGGAAUCAGAUACCGGCGAGUGAUGCCGAUGUGUUGAGACAGGACACAGCCGUAGCUUUGCGUCACGCCAAACUUCCAACACCAAACAUCACAGCUGAAGAAAAGGCCGCACUACGUAAUCUCCGCCAAGAUGAGGACGUGUUAGUACUUAAAGCGGACAAAGGUAAUGCUACAGUGGUUAUGAACGUCACGGAGUAUGAUAAAAAGAUUCGCCACUUAUUAAGUGAUGUAAAUACCUAUAAGAGAGUGAACUACAACCCGACAGCGCGGACGAAUCGCAGUACACACAAAAUCAUAAAAGAAUGUCAACAAAUACUUACAGAUGACACAUUUAAGUACUUGCUCCGUCCAAGAAAUGUACAACCUCCUAAAAUAUUUGGUCUGCCGAAGGUGCACAAGCCGAAUGUUCCACUGCGGCCCAUAGUCAGCCAGAUAGAUUCGCCUACUUACCACCUGGCGAAGCAUGUGGCUAGUAUACUGCAACCUUUAGUUGCACGUUCGACAUCAUAUGUGAUGGACUCGAGGCAUUUUAUUGACAUACUGCAGUCCAUCAAACUCCGACCUAACGAUCUAAUGGUUAGUUUUGAUGUUGAGUCGUUGUUCACAAAUGUUCCGAUGGCAGACUGCAUGGAAGUGGUGAAGUUGAGAUUGCAAGAGAACAACAACGAGAGGGCUCGAAUUGAUGGUGUGGCAAUGGGCAGUCCAGUGGCUCCGGUGGUGGCCAACAUUUGGAUGGAACAUUUCGAACAGUUGGCUAUCUCCACUGCCACCACAUCUAUAAAACUAUGGAAGAGGUAUGUCGAUGACGUUUUCUGCAUCAUAGAGGGGGGCGAACAAGAGGUGAAAGUAUGCUUGGCACAUCUAAACAACAUGCACGCGAAAAUUAACUUCACCUACGAGUUGGAAAAUGAGAGGACAUUGCCAUUUCUGGACGUGAAGAUUUUGGUUCGUGCUGACGGCUCUCUGGGACACUCGGUUUACAGGAAAUCGACUCACACUGACCGAUAUUUACAAGCUGAUUCUCACCACCAUCCCAGACAACUAAACUCUGUAGUCACCUCACUCACCAACCGCGCAUAUGAUUUAUGCGACGAGGAACAUUUACAGGAGGAGCUGACACAUGUGAUGAAGGUGCUGCGGAGUAACGCCGUGUGGUGGCGAGGAGUGCGACCUACUGUGGAGAGCUGGGACGACGCGUUACGCCGGCUGCGCUUCAUGUACGGCGCGGCGCGCCCAGCCCACAGGGUCUUACGCGACAUAUUCGCGACAGAACAAACAAGUGAAAGUGCCGACCCCACCAUGCACCACACGGACAGCCAACAGAAUCACGCGCUGUACCCAAUUGUGUAA